AUGAGUCUCUCCGGCGCCGUCAAAGCCAAAAACUCUACUCUCGUCUCCUGGCUGCGAUUCUCCUCCUUUUCCUCCGCCGCGUCGUCGUCCACAGUCUCCUUGAAUCCAAGUGGACGAUUACAGCAAACUCUCGCGGGAUGUGUGGAGUUGAAAGGCAAGUCUCUGCAUUCCGGUAAGCUUUCGUCGGUGAAGCUACUCCCGGAGGUCGCCGGAGCUGGGAGGCACUUCGAGUUUCGGUCCAGGUCCAUCCCGGCGUCGAUUGAGUUCGCUCAGGAAUCGCCUCUCUGCACCACGCUGCUGAAAGACGGGCUCAAAAUCCGAACCGUUGAACACUUGUUGUCAGCUCUUGAGGCCAAGGGCGUGGAUAAUUGCAGGAUUCAAAUCGAGAGCGAGUGUGCCGAUGAUCGGGAAGUCGAGGUCCCUAUAUUCGAUGGAUCAGCUCAAGAAUGGGUUGAUGCGAUUGAAGAAGUGGGCAUGAACGUGGCUCAAAACCGUGUUGGUGAAACUGUGGAGAAGAUGGUAGCACGUUUAAACAAGCCUGUGCAAGUUUGCAAGAACGAUUCUUUUGUAGCUGCAUUUCCGGCUCCAGAGACUCGCAUCACUUGUGGCAUCGACUUCCCACAGGUCCCUGCUAUAGGCUGCCAGUGGUUUUCUUGGAAACAUCUGCAUGACUCUUCCUUUGCAAAGGAUAUCGCACCAUCGAGAACUUUUUGUGUCUAUGAAGAGGUGGAGAGAAUGCGUGAAGCAGGGCUUAUUAAAGGAGGUUCUCUGGAUAACGCAAUCGUUUGUAGUGCUGAGCAUGGAUGGAUGAACCCUCCUCUGCGGUUUGAUGAUGAAGCAUGUCGACAUAAGAUCCUGGACCUUAUUGGUGACCUCUCCCUUGUAGCACGAGGCGGAAAUGGAGGGCUCCCUGUGGCUCACAUAGUCGCAUUUAAGGCAAAUGCUCGUUUUAAAACAUCUUCUAGUAUUCUUGAAAUCGAAAGAGGAAACAGUUUUGUGAUAAGAAUGAGUUUUUGUUCUCUCUCUCAAAUGCAGGCGGGUCAUGCACUGCACACUGACUUGGCCCGUCAUCUCACCAUCGACUAA